AUGGAUACUCUCCUUUCGAAGUACUACGAAAAGGUGCCUAGACGAUUUCACGCUGGCGCUCUGACUGCAUGCAAUGUUCAAGGAGAUGUAAUUUAUUCCGAUAUAAAAGGCACCCAGACCGUGGACCGUUCUGGCCCCGCAGUCACCGAAGAUUCAAUCUUUUGGGUUUCAUCCUUAACCAAAAUCGUCACGGCCGUCACUGUGAUGAUUGUAGUUGAGCGAGGCUUGAUUUCACUCGACGAUGAUGUCGGCCAAGUUGUACCGGAGUUGGCAGCGCCGGAGGUCUUGUCUGGAUUUGAUGAAGAUGGGAAACCCAUUGUGAAUCGGACGGAGAAGAAGCUCACGUUGCGCAGUCUCUUGACACAUACAAGUGGCUUCACAUAUAGCGUGAUGAGCAAGAACCUGCAGAAGUGGGCGGCGUAUCAUGGGAGAAAUAUCGACCACACACAGGGAACUUAUGUACUACGCUCCCUAUCUGAAUCGAUUACCUACCCCCUUAUUUUCGAACCAGGAAAAGAUUGGAGUUACGGCCCUGGAGUGGACUGGGCUGGGAGAGUGGUUGAGAUCCUCUCUGGAAAAAAGCUCGGGGAAUUUAUUCGUGAGAACAUCUGUUGCCCAUUGGAUCUCCAAUCUACUACAUUCCACCCGGAGACCCUGCCUGACUUUGAGAAGAAAAAAGUGGAGAUAGCCAGCCGAGACAGAGAUGGUUCCCUAACUCCAACCAAAGAGAUAUUCCCCAUUCCCACGCCAGAUGACCUUGGGGGUGGAUCUCUGUACUCCACGGCUCGCGAAUUUACCAAGAUUCUCUCAGCUCUUCUCGCAGGAGGUGAGGGAAUAAUCAAGCCCGAAAGCGUGGAUGAGAUCUUUCGGCCUCAACUGCCGGAUGCUGUGAGAAUAACAUUGAACCAGCAGAUUAAUUCACCUGGAGCACGAGGAAUGAAGUGGCUGUUUACAACGGGAGAUCAAAUCGAUUUCGGGCUGACUGUCUCAGUCACCAUUGCUGAUGUUCCGAAUGGCCGUGCACAUGGGACAGUGUCGUGGGGAGGACACACAAAUACGCAGUGGGUAAGUGACUUUCUAGUGUGCUGGUCGACAGAAACAUGA